AUGGGCCCCUGUACCGCCUCCUCAUGCUGCUGCCAGGCCCGUAAUCUGCCAUGGGCCCCUGUACCGACUCCUCAUGCUGCUGCCAGGCCCGUAAUCUGUCAUAUGCCCCUGUACCGCCUCCUCAUGCUGCUGCCAGGUCCAGAGUGUCUCAUGGGUCCCUGUACGGCCUCACAUUGCUGCUGUCUCCAUCGCCACACUCUGCCAUGUGCCACUUUCAGGUCUCCUCACACUGCUGGUGGGUUCCAUUUUGUCAUAGGGUGCUGUAUGGCCUCCCAUUGCUGCUGCCUCCACCGCCACACUGUGGCUCCACACUCUGGUUUUGGCCUCGUGACUGCCCAAAUGAGUGAAGUGUGCGGUGAUUCUAAGAUCGACGGCACUCAUCUGCAUGUCAUACUGACUGACAGUAUUAUUUCUCUUCCCCAGCAGACUCCAAGGGCAUUUAAAUUAAAGGUACAGUGUUCUGCACUAAUAUAA